AUGUGCGCUAAUCGAAUAUCUCGUCGUGCAAGCAUAGAAGAGUUUCUUUCAUCAUUACAACGUGAAUUUAACUUAAACCCAUCACGUCCUUUGUUUAAAAUGACAUAUAAGCAACCUUCAACUUGGCCCAUGUCAUUAUCAAAACCCGAACAUAAGAAACCAAUUCGCAUCGCUGUGUUGGAUUCUUCUUUUAAUCCACCCACAAAGGCUCAUUUACAAUUAUUAAUGAAAUCGGUCACUAAUAUACAUUUUCAAAAUGAUCAACCCGUAACGAGACAUCAAAUCAAAGAACAACCACCCGAAUUCUUUGAUGCCUGUUUAUUGCUCUUUGCAAUUAAAAAUGCGGAUAAAACGGUUACAUCAUCGGAUGCCAGUACCGUAGAUAGAUUAUUAAUGAUGGAAGCCCUAGCUUCAUAUGUCCGAUCAACUGCGAAUUCUGACACGUAUUCAGCUGCUUUACAGAAUUUAGCCGUGGGCGUAACUACGCAUCCGAUAUUUACAGAUAAAGCUCGUGCGAUCCAAACAUCACUAUCUCAAUCUCCCGAUCAAUCAUUUUCACUUUACUUUAUUAUGGGUUAUGAUACGAUAAUUCGAUUUUUUAAUCCGAAAUAUUAUACAAAUAUGCGAGAAGAACUCGCUUCAUUUUUUGAAACAAAUAGCAUUAUUUGCGCAAAUAGACAGGGUUAUGGUGGAGAAGAAGCGGAGGAACAAUUCUUUCAGAGUGAAAUUUUUAAAGAGAUUUUAGGAGGAGAAAAUGACAAGAAAGUGGUGAGGAUAAAAUUGGAUGAUGAAAUCGCAAAAAUGUCUUCAACAAGAGUUAGGGAAAUUUUAAUCAAUAUGAAAAAUGAAGAAGGGGUUAAAGAACAACUAUUAAAGUUGUGCCCUGAACCCAUUGUUGCAAUUGUGAUUCAGGAAGGUUUGUAUACAAAGUUAUGA